AUGCAUAGGAUAAUAAUGGGGCAGCUCUGUGGUAGCUCCAUCCGGGGCAGUUGGGAUGGUUUCUGGGACCGUUGUUCUCGGUUCUUUCCGUGUCUCGCCGAUCCUGCUCGGAGAUCUGCUUUAGGUUUGAAAGUGGCCUUGGUUUUGCUGCACUUGAUCUUCGUGGGUGUUCUGUUUAUUUUUGAUGAAGAUUUGGUUGGACAAACCAAACGACAUCCUUGGUAUACGGCUAUUUAUUUUUUAUUGCUCGUGGCUACAUUAGCUCAAUAUUUCUUGACUUCCUGUACUUCACCUGGAUAUGUUUUGGAUGCAAUGAGGGCUGUCAGUGAAACCGAUGCUUUAGUAAGGCGCACAUCAGUGACUUCGAAACAACCUGCUUCAAGCAAAAAUGGUAAUGUAGUCAUUACAGUGGAUCGGGACCAUCUGGAAAGAAAUCUUCUAUUGCCACAUGCAAAUACCUGGACAAAGCUAGUGAUGGAUAUGUACCCUCCAGGAUCCUCCGUUAGAACCUGGACAUGCUCCUACUGCAAUGUUGUGCAGCCCCCACGAGCAAAGCAUUGCCAUGAUUGUGACAGAUGUGUACUUCAGUUUGAUCAUCAUUGUGUUUGGCUUGGGACAUGCAUAGGACAGGGUAACCACUGUCGGUUUUGGUGGUACAUUCUUGAGGAAACUGCUCUGUGCCUUUGGACUGGUAUCCUUUAUAUUUCAUACCUCAAGGUCCAUAUAUCGAAGGCUUGGUGGGUUGAUGUGAUAAUGAUCUUGCUGUUAGUAACUUUAUUCAUUUCGCUCGCCUUCCUGGUUCUCCUCCUUUUAUUUCACACCUACUUAAUUUUAACCAACCAAACGACCUAUGAACUUGUAAGGCGAAGGCGCAUUCCUUAUCUCAGGGGAAUCCCUGAAAGAGUUUAUCCUUUCAGUAGAGGAGUAUGCAGAAAUCUGUACCAAUUCUGCUGUGCCUCGGGCACUCAACACAAGAUGGAACGCUUGCCCACAGCUCAAGAACUUGAGGAGAAGUCAAGACCAUAUACCUGUUUGGAUGUUCUGUCUUGUCGAUGUUGUUGCUAG